GACCUCCCUGACAGUCGAUUUGCGGCAUGCUCCCAGCGAAAGGGCCGAGCCCUUGAAGACCAAAGGUGCUGUGCAGUUCGCGCAAGAUGAGGAGGAAACGCUUCACCAGGCCUUGAAGGCUUCCCUGGAUGGGAUGACUGGUGCGUGCAGCCGACUUCGUGGGGAGGAUGUCGUGAGUGUAAUCGAGAAUGGUGAGCUGACGGUGUUGGGCUUUGCACCACCGCUGUCUGCAGUGGAAAAACAGAAGGAGAUCGCAGCAUCGCUAAAGCGAAGCUCCGAGAUUGCCAGUGCGAUCAUGACGAUGGAGGCUGUAGACGAGGAGAUGCAGGAGCGAAGCGCCAGAGAAGAGGAGACUAGGGAUACAGAACUGCAGCAGCGCCUUGCAGACAAGGAGAUGGAAAUCCUCUCUCUGCGUCAAGCGCUGCAAGAAGAGCAGGAAGCGCGAUCUGCUGCGGAGGCUAAGAUGCGCGAAGCACGCAGCACUUUGCGAGUUCGUGAUGAGUUGCUGCGGUCGAAGAAUGAGGAGCUCUCCAAUCUUCACAUCGAGCUUCACAGCGUGGCACGGGAGCACUGUUCGUUGCAACUGCGCUUCAGGCGCCUUGAAGAGUCCAGGCAGGAGGAUGUCACUGACACGUCCUCCGAGCUCCUGUUCUUGCGACGGCAGUGCAAGCUCCUGGAGGAGAUGAACCAACAGUUGCGAGAUCAGCAUCAUGCUGCGUCUGCGAAGCCCGUGCUGCUCCACAAGGAAGAGAGAGAGGUCCCCACCGAACCCGUUGUCCCCGCCGAACCUGUUGCGCGGGAUGCGUCCAAAGAGUCUACAAUGUCUACAAAGGAGGAAGGAAGAAUCGGCAGCCACGGAAGCCCUGGGCCUCUACCCUCCAUCAGCCGCGCAGCCGUGCGCGCCAUGUCGUAG